GAGUCUCGCUCUGUUGCCCAGGCUGGAGUGGGGUGGCAGAAUCUCGGCUCACUGCAACCUCCGCUUCCUGGGUUCAAGCCAUUCUCCCGCCUCAGGCUCCUGAGUACCUGGUAUUACAGGCACCAACCACCAUGCUCAGCUAAUUUUUUGUGUUUUUAGUAGAGACAGGGUUUCAUCAUGUUGGCUAAGCUGGUCUCAAAUUCUUUUUUUUUUUUUAAUUUUAGAUGGAGUCUCAGCCUGUCUCCCAGGCUGAAGUGCAGUGGCAUGAUCUUGGCUCACUGCAAGCUCCGCUUCCCAGGCGCCCGCUACAUGCCCAGCUAAUUUUUUGUAUUUUUUAGUAGAGACAGGGUUUCACCAUGUUAGCCAGGAUGGUCUCGAUCUCCUGACCUCAUGAUCCACCUGCCUUGGCCUCCCAAAGUGCUGGAAUUACAGGCAUAAGCCACCGCACCUGGCUGUGAAAGGCACUUCUUACAUGGCAGCAGGCAAGAGAGCAUGGGAGCAAAGCAAAAGGGAGAACACCUUAUAAAACCAUCGAUCUCAUGAGACUUAUUCACUACCAGGAGAACAGUAUGGGAAAAACCACCCCCAUGAUUCAAUUAUCUCCCACCAGGUCACUCCCACAACACAUGGGAAUCAUGGAAGCUACAAUUCAAGAUGAGAUUUGGGUGGGGACACAGCCAAACCAUAUCAUUUCACCCCUGGCCCUUCCCAAAUAUCAUGUCCUCCCACGUCAAAACUAAUCAUGCCUUCCCAACAGUCCCCCAAAGUCUUAAUUCAUUUUAGCAUUAACUCAAAAGUCCACAGUCCAAAGUCUUAUCUGAGACAAGGCAAGUCCCUUCCACCUAUGAGCCUGUAAAAUCAAAAGCAAGUUAGUUACUUCCUAGACACAAUGUGGGUAUAGGCAUUGGGAAAAUAUCCCCAUUCCAAAUGGGAGAAAUUGGCCAAAACAAGGGGCAACAGGCCCCAUGCAAGUCUAAAAUCCAGUGGGGCAUUCAAAUCUUAAAAGAUUCAAAAUGAUAUCCUUUGACUGCAUGUGUCACAUCCAGGUCACACUGAUGCAAGAGUUGCCAUGGUCUUGGGAAGCUCUGCCCCUGUGGCUUUGCAGGGUACAGCCUCCCUCCCAGCUGCUUUUAUGGGUUGGUGUCGAGUGUCUGCAGCUUUUCCAGGCACACGGCAUGCUGUUGGGAGAUCUACCAUUCUGGGCUCUGGAGGAUGGUGGCCUUCUUCUCACAGCUCCACUAAGCAGUGCCCCAGUGGGGACUAUUUGUGGGUGCUUCAACCCCGUAUUUCCCUUCCACACUGCCCUAGCAGAGGUUCUCAAUGAGGGCCCUGCCCCAGCAGCAAACCUCUGCCUAGACAACCAGGCGUUUCCAUACAUCCUCUAAAACCUAGGGGGAGGUUCCCAAACCUCAAUUCUUGACUCCAGCCUGGGUGACAAAGUGAGACCCUGUCUCAAAAAAACAAAAAUGUUCAGUGAGUUGGAGGUCCCAGUGAAGCGAGAGCAGUUAAAUGAUUAUACUCUAAGGACAUGAGGUGAGGGUCAGAGAAGAGCAUGUCUGCACCAGUGAUUUCAGAAGUGGGAUAAUUCUUGAGGAAUGAAAGGGACUAGAAUGUAGGUGAUGAACUUUGGUGACAAAAUGCAAACCAUGCAUAUAACAAAGAGAAAUAAUGCUCCGAAUAUAUGAGAAAAAUUUCACAAUAACUCAAAGAAAAGACUUUAUGUUUUCACUACAAGGAAACACUGAGGUGAGAGAUCUGCUAAAUAGCUGAUUUGACUAUUGUGCAAUGCGCACAUGUAAGGAAACAUCACACUAUAUCCUAUAAAUAUGCACAAUUAUCACAUAUUAAUUAAAAGCAAUCUUAAAAAUACAGAAUACCUUUGUUUUUUUUUUACUUUAAGUUCUGGGAUACAUGUGCAGAACAUGCAGGUUUGUUACAUAAGUGUACAUGUGCCAUGGUGAUUUGCUGAACCUACCAACCUGUCAUCUAGGUUCUAAGCCCCACAUUCACCAGGUAUUUGUCCUAAUGCUCUCCCUCCCCUUGCCCCCUAGCCCGCAACAGGCCCCUGUGUGUGAUGAUCCCCUCCCUGUGUCCAUGUGUUCUCAUUGUUCAACUCCCACUUAUAAGUGAGGACAUGCAGUGUUUGGUUUUCUGUUCCUGUGUUAGUUUCUUGAGGACGUGAAUUCAUUCUUUUUUAUGGCUGCACAGUAUUCCAUGGUGUAUAUAUGCCAUAUGUUGUUUAUCCAGUCUAUCAUUGAUGGGUAUUUGGUUGGUUCCAAGUCUUUGCUAUUGUAAAUAGUGCUGCAAUAAACAUACGUGUGCAUGUGUCUUUUUAGAAGAAUGACUUAUAAUCCUUUGGGUAUAUACCCAGUAAUGGGAUUGCUGAGUCAAAUGGUAUUUGUGGUUCUAGAUCCUUGAGGAAUCGCCCCACUGUCUUCCACAAUGGUUGAACUAAUUUACACUCACACCAACAGUGUAAAAGCAUUGCUGUAUCUCUGCAGCCUCAUCAGCAUCUCUUGUUUCCUGACUUUUUAAUGAUCGCUAUUCUAACUGGUGUGAGAUGGUAUCUCCUUGUGAUUUUGAUUUGCAUUUCUCUAAUGACCAGUGAUGAUGAGCUUUUUUUCACGUUUGUUGGCCACAUAAAUGUCUUCUUUUCAGACAUGUCUGUUGAUAUCCUUCACUCACUUUUUGAUAGGACUUUUGUUUUUUUCUUGUAAAUUUGUUUAAGUUCCUUGUAGAUUCUGGAUAUUAGGCCUUUGUCAGAUAGGGAGAUUGCAAAAAAUUUUCCCCCAUUCUCUAGGCUGCCUGUUCACUCUGAUGAUAGUUUCUUUUGCUGUACAGAAACUCAUUAGUUUAAUUAGACCCCAUUUGCCAAUUUUGGCUUUUGUUGCAAUUGCUUUUGGUGUUUUAGUCAUGAAGUCUUUGCCCAUGCCUAUGCCCUGAAUGGUAUUGCCUAGGUUUUCCUCUAGGAUUCUUUUUUUUUUUUUUGGUUUUGGAUCUUACAUUUAAGUCUUUAAUCCAUCUUGAGUUAAUUUCUGUAUAAGGUGUAAGGAAGUGGUCCAGUUUCUGUUUUCUGCCUAUGGCUAACCAGUUUUCCCACCACCAUUUAUUAAAUAGGGAAUUCUUUCCACAUUGCUGGAUCAGAAUGGUUAUAGAUGUGUGGUGUUAUUUCUGAGGUCUCUGUUUUGUUCCAUUGGUCUAUGUAUCUGUUUUGGUACCAGUACCAUGCUGCUUUGGUUACUGUACCCUUGUAGUAUAGUUUGAAGUCAGGUAGCGCAAAGCUUUCAGCUUUGUUCUUUUUGCUUGAGACUGUCUUGGCUAUAUGAGCUCUUUUUUGGUUCCAUACGAAAUUUAAAGUAGUUUUUCUCUAAUUCUUCAAAGAAAGUCAAUGGUAGCUUAAAGGGAAUAGCACUGAAUUUAUAAAUUACUUUAGGCGGUAUGGCCAUUUUCAUGAUAUUGAUUCUUCCUAUCCAUGAGCAUGGAAUGUUUUUCCAUUUGUUUAUGUCCUCUUUUAUUUACUUGAGCAGUUGUUUGUAGUUCUCCCUGAAGAGGUGCUUCAUGUCCCUUGUUAAGUUGUAUUCCUAGGUAUUCUAUUCUCUUUGUACCAAUUGCGAAUGGGAGUUCACUCAUAAUUUGGCUCUCUGCUUGUCUAUUAUUGGGGCAUAGGAAUGCUUUAGAUUUUUGCAUGUUGAUUUUGUGAGACUUUGCUGAAGUUGCUUAUCAGCUUACGUUUUUGGGCUUGAGAUGAUGAAGUUUUCUAAAUACAUAAUCAUGUCAUCUGCAAACAGAGACAAUUUGACUUCCUCUCCUCCUAUUUGAAUACCCUUUAUUUCUUUCUCUUGCCUGACUGCCCUGGCCAGAACUUCCAAUUCUAUGGUGAAUAGGGGUGAUGAGAGAGGGCAUCCUUGUCUUGUGCCAGUUUUCAAAGGGAAUGCUUCCAGCAUUUGCCCAUUCUGUGUGAUAUUGGCUAUGGGUUUGUUUUAAAUAACUCUUGUUAUUUUGAGAUAUGUUUCAUCAAUACCUAGUUUACUGAGAGUUUUUAACACGAGGGAAUGUUGAAUUUUAUCAAAGGCCUUUUCUGCAUCUAUUGAGAUAAAAUCAUGUGGUUUUUGUCAUUGGUUCUGUUUAUGUGAUGGAUUACAUUUAUUGAUUUGCAUAUAUUGAACCAGCCUUGCACCCCAGGUAUGAAGCCAACUUCAUCAUGGUGGAUAAGCUUUUUGAUGUGCUGCUGGAUUCAUUUUGGCAGUAUUUUAUUGAGAAUUUUUGCAUCAGUGUUCAUCAGGGAUAUCGGCCUGAGAUUUUCUUUUUCUGUUGUGUCUCUGACAGGUUUUGGUAUCAGGAUGAUGCUGGCCCCAUAAAAUGAGUUAGGAAGGAGUCCUUCUUUUUCUGUUGUUUGGAAUAGUUUCACAAGGAAUGGUACCAGCCCCUUUGUACCUCUGGUAGAAUUUGACUGUAAAUCUGACUGGUUCUGGGCUUUUUUUCAUUUCUAGGCUAUUAAUUACAGCCUCAAUUUCAGAACUUGUUAUUGGUCUGUUCAGGGAUUCGACUUCUCCCUGGUCAUGUCUUGAAAGGGUGUAUGUGUACAGGAAUUUAUCCAUUUCUUCUAGAUUUUCUAGUUUAUUUGCAGUGAGGUGUUUAUAGUAUUCUUUGAUGGUAGUUUGUAUUUCUGUGGGAUCGGUGGUGAUAUCCCCUUUAUCAUUUUUUUCUUGUGUCUAUUUGAUUCAUCUCUCUUUUCUUAUUAAUCUAGCUAGCAGUCUAUUUUGUUAAUCUUUUCAACAUACCAGUUCCUGGAUUCAUAGAUUUUUUUUGAAGGGUUUUUCUUGUCUCUAUCUCCUUCAGUUCUGCUCUGAUCUUAGUUAUUUCUUGUCUUCUGCUAGCUUUUGAAUUUGUUUGCUCUUGCUUCUCCAGUUCUUUUAAUUGUGAUGUUAGGGUGUCAAUAUCAGAUCUUUCCAGCUUUCUGAUUUCCCUCUUAACACUGCUUUAGUUGUGUCCCAGAGAUUCUGGUACAUUGUCUGUUCUCACUGGUUUCAAAUAACUUCUUUAUUUCUGUCUUAAUUUUGUUAUUUACCCAGUAGUCAUUCAGGAGCAGGUUGUGGUUUUGAGUGAGUUUCUUAAACCUGAGUUCUAAUUUGAUUGUGCUGUGGUCUGAGAGACUGUGUACGAUUUCUGUUCAUUUGCUGAAGACUGUUUUACUUCCAAUUACGUGGUCAAUUUUAGAAGAAGUCUAUGCGGUGCUGAGAAGAAUGUAUAUUCUGUUGAUCUGGGGUAGAGAGUUCUGUAGAUGUCUAUUAGGUCUGCUUGGUUCAGAGCUGAGUUCAAGUCCUGAAUAUCCUUGUUAAUAUUCUGUCUCCUUGAUCUGCCUAAUAUUGACAGUGGGGUGUUAAAGCCUCCCACUGUUAUUGUGUGGGAGUCUAAGUCUCUUUGUAGGUCUCUAAUAACUUCUUUUAUGAAGCUGAGUGCUCCUGUAUUGGGUGGGUGCAUAUAUAUUUAGGACAGUUACCUCUUCUUGUUUCAUUCGUCUCUUUACAAUUAUGUAAUGACACUGUCUUUUUUGAUCUUUGUUGGUUUAAAGUCUGUUUUAGCAGAGACUAGGAUUGCAACUCCUACUUUUUUUUGGGUUUCCAUUUGCUUGGUAAAUAUUCCCCAAUCCCUUUCUUUUGAGCCUAUGUGUGUCUUUGUACGUGAGAUGGUCUCCUGAAUGAAUACAACACACCAAUGGGUCUUGACUCUUUACCCAAUUUGCCAGUCUGUAUCUUUCAAUUGGGGCAUUUAGCACAUUUACAUUUAAGGUUAAUAUUGUUAUGUGUGAAUCUGAUCCUGUCAUCAUGAUGCUAGCUGGAACAUUAGUUGGAACAUUAGUUGAAGCAGUUUCUUCAUAGUUUCCUUGGUCUUUAUAUUUUGGUGUGUUUUUGCAGUGGCUGUUACUGGUUUUUCCUUUCCAUAUUUAGUGCUUCCUUCAAAAGUUCUUGUAAGGCAGGUGUGGUGGUGACAAAAUCCCUCAGCAUUUGCUUGUUUAAAAAGGAUUUUAUUUCUCCUCUCCUUAUGAAGCUCAGUUUGGCUGGACAUGAAAUUCUGCGAUGAAAAUUCUUUUCUUUAAGAAUGUUGACUAUUGGUCCCCAUUCUCUUCUGGCUUGUAGGGUUUCUGCAGAGAGAUCUACUGUUAGUCUGAUGGACUUCCCUUUGUAGGUAAUCUGAUCUUUCUCUCUGGCUGCCCUUAACAUUUUUUCCUUCAUUUCAACUUUGGAGAAUCUGACGAUUACGUGACUUGGGGUUGUUCUUCUCGAGGGAGUAUCUUAGUAGUGGUUCUAUUUCCUGAAUUUAAAUGUUAGCCCGCCUGGCUAGGUUGGGGAAGUUCUCCGGUAUAAUAUCCUGAAGUGUGUUUUCCAACUUGGUUCCAUUCUCCCCAUCACUUUCAGGUACGUCAAUCAAUUGUAGGUUUGGCCUUUUCACAUAGUCCCGUAUUUCUUGGAGGCUUUGUUCGUUCCUUUUCAUUCUUUUUUCUCUAAUCUUGUCUUCAUGCCUUAUUUCAGUAAGGUGAUAUUCAAUCGCUGAUAUCCUUUCUUCCGCUUGAUCGAUUCGGCUAUUGGUACUUGUGUAUGCUUCAUGAAGUUCCUGUGCUGGUUUUUUUCAGCUCCAUCACGUCAUUUAUGUUCCUCUAUAAACUGGUUAUUCUAGAUUGCAGUUCCUGUAACCUUUUAUCAAGGUUCUUAGCUUCCUUGCAUUUGGUUAGUACAUACUCCUUUAGCACAGAGGAGUUUGUUAUUCCCCACCUUCUGAAGCCUACUUCUGUCAAUUAGUCAAUCUCAUUCUCUGUCCAGUUUUGUGCCUCUGCUGGAGAGGAAUUGCAAUCAUUUGAGGAGAAGAGGCAUUCUGGUUUUGGGAUUUUCAGCGUUUUGUGCUGUUUUAUCUUCAUCUUCAUGGAUUUAUCUUCCUUUGAUCUUUGAUGCUGAUGGUCUUUGGAUGAGGUUCCUGUGUGGGUUUUUUUGUUGUUGUUUUUGAUGUUGAUAUUGUUGCUUUCUGUUUCUUAGUUUUUCUUCUAACAGGCCCCUCUUCUGCAGGUCUGCUGCAGUUUGCUGGAGGUCCACUCCAGGCCCUGCCCACCUGGGUAUCAACAGUGGAGGCUGCAGAACAGCAAAGAUCGCUGCUGCUCCUUCCUCUGGAUGCUUCAUCUCAGAGGGGCACUGGCCUGAUGCCAGCCAGAGCUCUCCUGUAUUAGGUGUCUGUCGACCCCUGUUGGGAGGUCUCUCCCAGUCAGGCGGCUUGGGGGUCAGGGACCAACUUGAGGCAGUCUGUCCCACAGCAGAGCUGGUGCACUGUGCUGGGAAAAUCCCACUUGUCAGGAUCAGCUGCUCUCUUCAGAGCUGGCAGGCAGGAAAGUUUAAAUCCACUGAAGCUGUGCCCACAGCUGCUCCUUCCCCCAGGUGCUCUGUCCUAGGAAGAUGAGUUUUAUCUCUAAGCCCCUGACUGGGGCCUUUCCUUCAGAGAUGCCCUGUCCAGUAAGGAGGAAUCUAGAGAAGUAGUCUGGCCACAGCCGCUUUGCCAUACUGGGGUGAAUUCUACUCAGUCCAGACCUCCCAGCCUCCUUAGAACUAUGUUUAUGGUUCCCACUAAGAGGAAGGCAUAAAACCACAGUGGCACAGGGAUCAAGAGGUUACUACAAAAAGUAAAGCAGGAUCCUCCUGCAGGUAGGAUCCUGUCCAGAGAGCCAGGAGGAAGGGAGGCCACUGGUCAGCAUUCUGGGCUAUUUUUGGCUCCCUCCCACCUGCCCCUCCUUUUGGCUCAAGUUCUAGUCCCACUUGCUUUGUCACCCACUGCCAGUUUAUGGCAGCUUCCUCUCUGGUCUUCAGUGUCCUCAUUGAUCCAAUGAAUACAGCAUCAAUCCUCUAAUCACAUAUAUUCAUGCAGCAGUAUAAAUGAUGUGAAAGUGCUUUGAAAAGCGUAGUAAGUGAAAGACUGGGGCACUGACUUCUUCCCAUUUUCCCAAGUCCUGCUUCAGAACCUCUCUCCUAGGCCCCCAGCCCCUAACUCCAUCUUGGCCCUUUGAUCAAAGUUUGCCUACUGAGGGGCAUAACUACACGGUAUCUCCAGAAAAGGGACAAAUAUUACAGCCCCUGCUUCUUCUUUUUGGUAUUUCCCAUGAUCACUCUUACAUCUAGAAACUGGAACCCUUUCUCUGGUUGGUGGCGCCCUCUCCCUAGACCAAAAGACAGGGGCACAUGGGCAUCAUAAUGGGCAUUCAGACAUGGUAUGAUGCAAGGGGUGGGCAUGUUAUAAAUGCUGGGGUAGGUCUGGGCACAUCCCAGUUACUCAUUUGGACUCACUGGGAGAAGCGAUUCACUAGAAUUCUCAUUGGAAGAAAUGACAGGAAAGCUCCCUCCAAUUUCUCAAUUUCCACCCCACCCAGUACCUGAUUUUAUGAUUCCACACCCUCCUAAUCCAUCCUGCCCUCCUAAUACAUCCCGCUCUCGUAAGCCAUCCCACUCUCGUGCCCGCGAAUCCCUCCCUCUUCUUCCAUCUGCCAAGCCCCUUCCUCCUCUCCAGAAGUACGUGGAUUUUUCAGUUUUCUGCCCUAACUGUUAUCCCACUGUGGCUCAUACCUGCCCUCCCCACUACCCUACCCUAAUACUCUACCUGCCCUGCUCUUCUGCUAUUCAUUACAAACCAUCCAUUUGUCAAUGCUCUGGUCCCAGAACUCUUUCUGGUAACUCCCUUAUAGAUCACCCUAGCCCUCCUCCUAGCCCUACUGGUCAAUGCUUGGGUCCCAGAACUCUUCCCUGUGAUUCCUUUAUCCGUUCCCAUAUUCCCCCUCCCAGCCCUCCUUGCCAACGCUCUGGUCCCAGAACUCUUUUCUGUGACUCUCCUGUCUGUCCCCCUACUCCUCCUCCUAGCCCUGCUUGCAAAUGCUGUCGUCCCAGAGCUGUUUCCUGGGACUCCUCUACCUAUGCCUCUACCCCUCCUCCUUAGCCCUACUUCUUUCUAGUUCCCUGUACUCUAGUCCCCAGCCCCCAGCCCUGCCAUCCCCAACCAGACCUGAUGGUUCACCAAUCUCAUCUUGGAGAUGGUUUCCCUGCUCUUGGGGCAGUUCUGGUACAGUUCAGGAUGGCCAGGACUGUGGAUUCCCAGCAGGCUGACCUGGUGUUCAAAGGAAAUGCAAGACGAUGGCAAACCAGCAUUCAGCCUCAAAAUGAGAGAGCUUUAUUGGUUACAUAUUGUACUGCAGAGCCAACAGAGAGCAUGUGCACCAGAGGAUACAUGCAGACAGGCAGCUCCAACGAUACACAUGCACCCAAGGAGCCCUGAGCCACUGCUUUGCCCUGGUUUCCAGCAACAAGUUCUGGCCUCCUUGGUCCCAUGCUUGGAGCAGGAAUGUAGAAGCUGCUGCAUCUAGACCGCAAGGGGCAGGGGUGAGACCAGAGCACCUGCCUGAGCAAGUAGCUGCUUCUACCUCACAAUGGGGAGGGGAGCAGAGUCUGCAAAGCAAGAGCACGUCCGGAUCCCACUCAGGUGCCUGCAGCACAUGAACUGAUGAUGCUUUAAAAAGGCCGCUCUUCCAUUGGUUAUCUAGAUUCAACAUUUAGAAUCUCAAUCAAAAUUCCACUAUAUUUUUGAGAACUGGACAAUUCAAAUUUAUACGGAAAUACAAAAAGCCAAGGGAAUGAUUGGCCAAGAUGAGCUUCAAUCGUAUGUCCACUACCUCCUGGCCUGCCACUUGGCAGUGAGUCCCUUCUGGGCGGUGUCCAGGGGCGGUUCCAGUGACCAGGCAGGUGCUGAGAAGCACAGGCAGUCCCAAAGGAGAAGAGCCUCACAUAUUCAGAAAACAGAAAGAAUAUCACUAAGCCUGGCUACAACAUAGUGCGGAAGCUGAGGGUAGGAGGCAGGGAGCCAAUGAAGGGCCACAGAUGGCAAGGAGCCUAUUCAUUCUGACAGUCAGAAUCCCCUGAUAGGGUUUAGGAGGCAAAUGAAAGCUUGAAAAGUCGCUGUAGUUGCCAGUGGAAGAAUGACAGGAAGGGGUGAAAGAGGAAGCAGAGACACCCUUGAGGAAGCUAUUGCCUCACACCAGAUUAAAAAAAGCAAAAGGCAAUGUUGUCUACAAUAACAAAAACGGAGAAAGCCAAUGCAAAGGUGAUCUAUGUUGGAGAUGAAGCUGUGACUGCAUUUUCAGAUAAAUCGGAUGGUCAAAGUAAGGUAAAUAUAUCAAGUUAAGGGUGUUCUGUAAAUGUUUAGAUGGUAACUUGUCACCUCUCUACUUGAACCCCAAAUGGCACUUCAGAAAAAUGGCACCCAUGAACUUCAUUUGGACAAAUCAAUUUUGAGAUGCUUAUUCACUCAAGUGGUGUUUUCGAGUAAGUAGCUGGACAUAUGAGUCAAAAUUCAGUUUAGUGGUCAGGGCUGGAAUUAGUAGCAUCCAGGAGAUUUUCACAGCAAUGGAACCAUUUAAAAAAUAAAUGAAGAUAGAGAUGAAGUGAGAUCUCAGGUCAAAGGCCUGGAACACCCCAACCUUUAUGAUGCAGGCAGUUGAGGAGAAGCCUACAAAGAGGACUGAGGAGAAGAGGGCAGAGAAGUAGCAGGAAACCCUACUGAAAGCCAAGACUGAGAAGACCUUCAAGGAAGGAACUAUGUCAGAUGCUGCUAAGCUGCCACGGAAGAGGAAGAAUAAAAUGUCAGCUUUGGAAAGAUUGAGGUUGUGGAUAAAUUUGACAAGACUGGUUUCUAUGCAGUGACAGAAAGAGAAGCUACAUGGCAAUGUUUGUAAUAAAAUAGAAAAACACCAGACAUCACCCAUGUGGCCAUGCCACAGACAAGAAAAAUUCUCAGGCCUUUUGCCUGAGCACAAACUUUGACUUGCUUUGACCAUGAAUACACAGCCUUUGCCACCUCUCCAGCAUCAGUGGAAUGUACACUUUGAAAAGCCAAAAGCAGGACAUGAAACUGCAUCAUUCAACAAGCCUCUUAGGCAUAGGAUGCCUACUAGUUCCUCCAAUAUGCACUAUUCAUAUUCGAUGUUAGCAAUUAUUAAUCUGGAGCCCAUGGACUUAAGGGUUUAUGAGGGACCAUAUGAAAAAUUAUGUGUAAAUGCAUUUUUCUACUGCAGUGGUCCAAAGCUUUUAUCAAAUUUUCAAGAGUUCCACGACUCUCUCUCAAAAAAUAAAAUAUUAAGAACUUUGCCCUACACCAAAGAAAUUAUACAGCUCAUCGAAGUGAGAGAGACUUUCUCUGAGAUUAAGCUCCUAUGAGACCAUCAUUUAUCAUCAUCCAGGGCACUAAGCAACAUUUGCUCCACAGUCAAAGAAACUCCAAAUAUCCCAGAAGUCUAAUAAAUUACUGAGCCAUCUCAUCUACCACUCCGCUAAGCUUUUAAAGGCUCUGAAUCCAGAGAAAUGCCACUUCUGGGCAUGGAGCUUCAGAGGCUGAUAAAUGCUAAAUGAUCCAUCAGAUUGUAUGAAGACAGUGCAGAGAUUGAGUGGGAAGCCACGCUGUGCUCUGCCUAAAGAAUUGUAGCUCAAGCACAGAGCACUAUUUGACGAGGGUCCUCCUAAUUCAAUUUCUAAAAUCAGUUCCCAUCAGGAACUCCUGCUGUGGGAAGAAAUAGUGGCUGUCUUAUAAGCGGUACUUGGCAUUCUGAUCAGGUCAAUACUAUUCUCAAGGGUUUCACUCCACUUUGAAUACUUGGGCAAAAGCUACAAGAAAUGUUCAGCAAUGAUGGUGAAUUUGCUUCUUCCAAGAAUGUGAAGGGAUUUUAGACAUUUGUGCUCUUUAAAGUGCCAGAGGUAAAGCAUAAAUUGGCUCUCUAUACAUGCAGAGCAACAGUGCACUUCUUGCAAGGCACUGUGUAUGGUCAAUGUGAAAUUUCAACCUCACCUAAAAUUCAGGUUUAACUCCUCAGCUGCUGCUACCGCAUUUGGUCACUACAGAGUCAGAGCUCACAUCCAAUCACAAAUAUGACAUUAAAUACUAGUAGAAACAUAGUGGCCAUACUCUGAAGUAUCCUUCCUUAGAAGUACUCUCAGUCUUCAAUCAAAACACACACACGUACGGCCUCUGAAACUCCAAGCCCAGAAGUGACAUUUCCCUGAAAGUGGCCAUACUGCCCAAAGUCAUUUAUAGAUUUAAUGCUAUUUCCAUUAAACUGCUCUUCAC